UGUUGUUCUAGCGAGCAACCUCACAGAGGUUUCGGUUCGUUCUCCGUAACUGGACGGCUUUGCGCGUUGCUGGUGCGUGGUUCUGUUACGCUUCGCUUAGCGUUGCAACGGUGGUGUCGCGUUUGGGAGUGUUUGUGUUUAUAAUUUUUUUUUUUUUAACGCAAAACUGUUACCGCCGUGGCCAGUGUGAAGUGUGAUAAAAUUAGUUUAUAGUUUUUUUUUCUUGGGUGCAGGUUGCGAAUUUAUCAGUUCCGGCCCGUUCCUUCCGCUCUACCGGAACCACCACCACCCACUGUGCCUUGACAAUUUUGUAGUGAUACUGGGUGCGUUCGAUUGCGGAGCCUAAUUGUCCGAUCGGAACCGUUCCCACAUGUGCACGGUGUUACGGUGCUGCUGCUGCCUAGUGUGAACCCAGUGUGCGAUGCAAUUGUGUGGCCGAUCGAUCGGUACGGUCGGCAGUGGGUAGAGAGCGUAGUGCUUAGUGGAUGUGCCUUACGACAUUGCUGGUGUGUCUGGUGCACCAGUGCUGCAGCGGUACCGGCGGUGCCCGCCAUCGCAAUCCGGAGCAAGUGAUCGAGCUAGUGGUGCACCGGUUUCCACGCGUCCACGGACCGCAGCGACGAUGGACAGCUCCACGAAGCCGGUAAAGAAGAACCCGCGCAAGGGAGCGUUCUGUCUGUCGCAGCUGUUCUUCGGCUGGCUGCUGCCGCUGUUCUAUCGCGGAUCGCGCCGCGGUCUCGGUAAGGACGAUCUUACCAAAUGCCUGAAGGCGGACCGGUCGGAGGAUUUGGGCGACGAGCUGGAAGAGCAAUGGGAAAAGGAAGUGUCCCAGGCACGAAUCGCAAGCCGCGAGCCGAAGCUACGCAAUGCCCUCUUCCGGACGUUCUACAAGCAGAGCCUGUUUGAUGGAUUUCUUAUUUUUCUGUUCGUGCUGAUAAAAACCAUUCUGCCCGUGGUGCUGGCGCAGCUGCUGGUGCAGUUCCAGGAACCCACCAACUCCACGCACGUUGCGGUGGUUAACAUUAACAAUGACGUGUUCAGCACGGUACCACCGAUGGCGAUGCCACUGAUGAUGCUGCCGGACACUACGCAAUCGCAUCUGGAAAAUCUCGUCUUCGACGAGACGGCCAUGAUCAAUAAGCGACGCCGGAAGCGACGGAUCCGAAUCGAGGACGAUAAACCGGCCCCGGGAAACAGCAUCGGAGGAAGCAAGUCGAACGUCGCUCAGGAAGCUGAAGGCAUGGAGACAACUAUACUGCCGGACCUUGGCGAACAGUUUGGAGCGGACGAUCCAUCGGCCACUGCGAACAGCACCGUCGUGGACGAUCUCUCCGACUUUCUGCACCACGCGUGGAACGAUGCGUUCUGGCUUUCGGGCCUGCUGGUGCUGCUGACCCUGCUCGGAUGCUUCUGCUGUCACCAUUCCGAUCUGCGCGAGCGUCUAGUCGGUGCCAGGAUGCGCAUUGCCUGCUGCUCGCUCAUCUACCGCAAGACGCUGCGCAUGUCGCGCAAGGCGGCCGGUCAAACGCCCGCCGGCUACAUGAUCAAUCUGCUGUCGAACGAUGUGAGCCGGCUGGAUUAUGGGUUUAUCUACGUCCACUACGUCUGGGUGUUGCCGUUUCAGGCAUGCUUUACCUGCUACCUCAUCUGGCGCCGUGUCCAGUGGGCAGCAAUUGUCGGCGUGGUCGGGCUGCUCGUUAAAACGAUCCCCGUCCAGACCGGGUUGAGCCGGCUGAGCUCGAUCAUUCGUAUGCGCGUCGCGAAAAAGACGGACCAGCGCGUCGGCAUCAUGAACGAGCUGAUACAGGGCAUCCAGGUGAUCAAGAUGUACGCCUGGGAGAAACCGUUCCACAAGGUCGUGUCGUUGGCGCGCAAGAAGGAGGUGCGCCAGAUCCGCUGGGCAUCGUACAUCCGGGGCAUCUACCUGAGCACGAUGGUGUUUACCGAACGGUCGACUCUGUUUCUCGCGAUCGCGUGCUGCGUGAUCGAGGGACGCGCCAUCACCGCGGACAUUGUCUUCCCGAUGGCCCAGUUCUUCAACAUCCUUCAGCUAACGGCGGCCAUCUUCUAUCCGCUGGCCGUUUCGCUCGGUGCCGAAGCGCUCGUAUCGAUCGACCGCAUCCAGGAGUUCCUGGCGCUGCAGGAGCACGACGCAACGCCACCAUCGGCGUCGGCCACCGGCGGGCUGAAGCGCAAUCUGAACGAUCUGCAUCUGAUGACCGAGCACGACAACAAACCGGCAAUCGAGCUGCAGAACGUGACGGCCAGCUGGGAGGAGACGACGGACAAAACGCUCAAAGACAUCAGCGUCAAGAUCGAGCCGGGUCGGUUGCUGGCCGUUAUUGGGCCGGUCGGUGCUGGCAAGAGCUCGCUGCUGCAGAUGCUGCUCGGUGAGCUGCCGAUACAGAACGGCACGGCCACGAUCAACGGGGACGUGUCGUACGGCUCGCAAGAGCCGUGGCUGUUUACUGGCACGGUGCGGAACAACAUUCUGUUCGGUUUGCCGUACGAUCGGCACCGGUAUCAGGCGGUGGUGCGUCACUGUGCCCUCACGACCGACUUCCAGCAGCUGCCGGAUGGGGAUAAAACGGUGGUGGGUGAACGGGGCACUUCCCUGUCCGGGGGUCAGCGUGCUCGCGUCAGUUUGGCACGGGCGGUGUACAACAACGCGUCCAUCUACUUGCUGGACGAUCCGCUCAGCGCGGUCGAUGCACACGUCGGCAAGCAUCUGUUCGAUGAGGUGAUCGGUCCGCGCGGCUAUCUGGCACAGAAGCAGAAGGCUACGCGGGUGCUAGUGACGCACCAGGUACACUUCCUGAAGGAAGCCGACUGGAUCGUGAUCAUCGAGGGAGGGAAAAUCGUGACCCAGGGCACGUACACGGAGCUGGCGAACGGAAAGGUCGACUUUGGCAAGCUGCUCAAGUCCGGCGAGCCGGAGAAGGGCGGGGCAGACGUUAGUGUACUGGCGGCGGACAUUCCGGAGGAUGAGAUUCCCUUCAUUGAUGGCGUUACGCUCGAUGGGUAUAAGCUGCUGAAGGGAAGUACCGUUUCGUUGCGUGGCGUUACACCCAGCUCCUGUGCGUCAAGUGUGGCCGACAACCUUGGCCGCCAGGUAGCGGAGGACCAGGCAGAGGGUACCAUUUCGUGGCGCAUUUGGGCAACGUACUUCCUCUCCGGUGGCAACGUGCUGAUGCUACUGUUCACCUUCCUGAUGCUGCUGUUCUCGCAGGCGAUCGUCAGCGGAUCGGACUACUUCGUCACGUACUGGACGCGGCAGGAAGAGCUGCGGCUGGUGAACGAACGGGCCGUUACCACCACGACGGUCGAUUUCCUCUACACGUACGGCGUGAUCAUCAUCGGCGUGGUCGUGUUCACCAUCUUCCGGGGGUAUCUGUUUUUCAACAUCUGCAUGAAAGCGUCCCGCAAUCUGCACGACCGCAUGUUCGCCCGCAUGCUGACCGCACCGAUGCGCUUCUUCGACACGAACCCGUCCGGGCGGAUCUUGAACCGCUUCUCGAAGGAUAUGGGCGCGAUCGACGAGCUGCUGCCGAAGGCGAUGAUCGAAGCCAUCCAGAUACUGCUGGUGAUGACGGGUAUACUGACGAUGAUUACGAUCGUGAACCCGCUGCUGCUGCUGCCACUGCUGGGAGCCGUUUUGCUGUACGCGAUCGCACUCAAGCUGUAUCUGCGCCCGAUUCAAGACAUGAAGCGGUUGGAAGGCAUCACCCGUAGUCCCGUGUUCUCCCACCUGUCCGCAACACUCUCCGGGCUGUCGACCAUCCGUGCGAGCGGUGUUCAGGAGAAGAUUCGCGAAGAGUUCGACGAUCUGCAGAACGUUCACACGGCCGUGUGGCAGCUGACGAUGUCCAGCAAUGCCGCUCUCGGGCUGUGGCUUGACUGCAUCAGUACGGCGUUCGUGGCCUGUGUGACGUUCAGCUUCAUUGUGCUGCAUCAAGAUACCUACAGUGCAAACGUCGGGUUAGCCAUCUCGCAGGCACUCAUCCUCACCGGUAUGGUACAGUACGGUAUCCGACAAACGACGGAAUCGAUCCAGCAGAUGACGGCCGUCGAGCGUGUCGUACAGUACACGGAAAUUGCUUCGGAGACGGAUCCACCCAAGGUGCCGCCGGGCGACUGGCCCUGGAAGGGACAGAUUCAGUUCCACAACAUGUCACUCUGCUACGAGCAGGAUGCACCGCCGGUGCUCAAGAACCUCGAGCUUGUGAUCGAACCCACGUGGAAGGUGGGAAUCGUCGGUCGAACCGGGGCCGGCAAAUCGUCCCUCAUCGGGGCCCUCUUCCGGUUGGCACGCAUCGAAGGGCGCAUCAUGAUUGACGGCAUCGAUACGGGUGUGAUUUCGCUGGAAGCGUUACGCUCGAAGAUAUCGAUCAUCCCGCAGGAUCCGGUACUGUUCAGCGCCACCAUACGCUACAAUCUGGAUCCGUUCAGCCUGUACGACGACGACAUGCUGUGGCGUGCGAUCGGCGAGGUCGAGCUGCGGUCCGCCAUCAGUGGGUUGGACUUUAUGGUGACGGAAGGUGGCACCAACUUCAGUGUCGGCCAGCGACAACUAAUCUGUCUCGCGCGAGCAAUUCUGCGCAAUAACAAAAUACUGGUGCUUGACGAGGCGACGGCCAACGUGGAUCCGCAGACUGAUGCACUGAUACAGAAAACAAUCCGGGAGAAGUUCAAGCACUGUACGGUGCUGACGGUUGCGCAUCGCCUGCACACGGUAAUGGAUUCCGAUCGCAUACUGGUGAUGGAUGCCGGUGAAGCGAGGGAGUUUGACACUCCGCACAUACUGCUCCAGCAGGAGGGUGGCAUCCUGAAGGAUAUGGUCGAAGCAACGGGACCGUCCGAGUCGGAAUCUCUCAAGCGCAUCGCCGCGGAAACGUACGCGCAGAUGGACCCGAAUCGGCACCUCAUGAACGGGAUGCCGAACCCGUGGCGGUUUGGCAAGGAAGCGCCACAGUGAGCCACCGUAAAGUCGGACAAAUAGCGACGGUGAAGGGAAGCAACUGGUACUGCCUCUUAGCUUAGUUAGAAGAGUUAGAAUCGGAACAGAACAUCACGCGCCUCGAGCCAUUCAACAGUGAGCGCAUAUUGAAAUGCGUUUAUUUGAAAUAUGGAAUGCUUUUGCAUCGCGUUUGAGUUUAACUGAUGUAGUUGAUAGCGUUUAUUGCUCUUACUAUCUUACUAUUUACCAGUGUAUGCUGUACUUUAACAAUGGAACGACGAACGACCUACAAAACUAAAUGUACUUUAACUGUUAAGCGUCACGAAGGGCGUUGUUGAAAAUGGCCAAAUGUUUACAACGAAAUAAAACACAAUUAUUUUUAA